UGACCAAGUGGUGCAAGAUGAUCCAACGUAUGCUGAAGAACAAGACUCAGUUCUUGAAGAUCUGAUGAGAAGGCUUGGAGUGGUUGGACAAAUGGCGUCAUCCUUGAAGGAGAAUUCAUCCGAUAAAAAUCAAAACCCACCUUCAUCCGAACAUAGACAACAGUUUCGAGUGGCCAGUGAUCUCAAGCCCUCGGCAUUAACAUAGGAAUCUACCCCACCUGAGAUGCGGGUUUGGAUUAGCCAAUUCAGAGCUUAUUACUCUGCGUCCAAAAUGGAUCUUCUUGGGCUUGAGGAGCAGAGGGCAUGUUUUUUGGCAAGAAUUGAAGGAGAGCUUCUCACAACAAUAGCUGGACGCAUCAGAAGCCAUACCAUUAAUGAAUGCUUCAGUUUACUAGAGGAUCGUUUCCUGGAAUUAUACCCCAUCUUUGGACGCCGUCUAGCAUGGAAACAGUGCAAGAAAAAGCAGUCGCAGAAGCUCGUCGACUAUUAUCAUCAAUACGAAUUAUUGGAGAUGAGGCCGAAAUCGGAAAAAUGACUGUGGAUGAGCAUCACAUGUUUGAAUUAAUUUUUGCAUGCCGUCACGACACCGACUUGUUCGUGAAGCUAUUGGAACUCAGGGAUCCAACGUUGGAAAUGGUUCUAAGCACGGCUACUGCCUUUGAGUCGGCUCGAAGAAUUCGGGAACAGGCCGUACCACUGACGACGUCAGUGGCGGCAGUUAUUGAUCAAGGUGCGUGUGAUCGUUGUGGACGCACUGGACAUUCACGUGUGAGCUGUCCACUCCGUGACGUUGUUUGCCAUGAAUGCGGCAAGGCGGGGCAUCUGGGGCGUGUUUGUCGUCAACGCAUUAAAUCAAGGGAAAGAUCAUCGUCCCGUGAAAGGCCGAAAUUCCGGGAGUCAGCCUAUGCCCAUGAUAGAUGUCGCGAUGGAUCACGUGAGAGCCAACGGGGCAGGGAUAGGGUUCGCAGAGCCCCAACACCAAGUCAUCGUGACCGGGGAAGCAGAAGGCCAUCCUCCGCCUAUAUUCCAGCUGUGGUUGACAAAACGUGUUUCCGAUCAACACCAACAAUACGGCUCUCCUGCACGUUUGAAAAGGGCAGAAUUCAAUACAUCACUGCUAUUCCAGACACGGGAGCUACUCGCACCUUGAUACCGGCAUCAAAACUACCACCGGACAUCAUGCCCCAACCAUCUUCAACAAAUCUUGUUGCUGCAAAUGGGUCAUCGAUAACCAAUGCUGGUUCUAUCUCGGUUGUGGUGUCAGUUCUAGGUGGUCCGACUACUUCCAUAUCCGCUAUUGUGUCACCAGAUUUGGUUGGUUCAAUGUUAAUUAGUUGGCACGAUCUUUUGGCCUUGAAUAUCAUCCCCAAGAACUUUCCCCGUCCGAUUCCUGGUGGUGACAUCGUCCGGGGUGUUGCGAGCAAGGAAAUUGAGGUGGCUGACACUGUGGACAAGAUCAAAGCUGAUUAUACAGAUGUGUUGGUGGAUUCUCUUGGCAAGGCAUCAGGUACAAUUCGGGGACCGAAAAUGAUUAUUGAGUUGGACAAGUCCGCAAACGUGAGGCCGUGCAAGCGGGAGCAAUUGUGCCAUGUACGGAACCCACUGAAUAGACCUCACCCGCUCACUUUGUCGAAAAGCCCGGAGGUAAAAAGGCAAGAUUGGUGACCGACUACCGACAAUUGAAUAAAGCAGUAAAGAGACCUAUUCAUCCUUUCUCGUCAGUGCAUGAUCUUAUGAAGCAAGUGAUACCAGAUUCGCGAUGGUUUGCAAAAUUGGAUGCAGUACAUGGAUAUUUUCAAGUGCCUUUGGACUAUGAGAGUUCCUUACUCACAGCCUUUCCGCUGCCUAGUGGCAAAUGGAGGUACACUGUGGCUCCCAUGGGAUUAAAUUCCAGCUCUGAUGAAUUUAAUAUUAGAACUGAUGCAGCUGUUGCGGGGCUUGAUUGGCUUAUGAAAAUAGUUGAUGAUAUGCUGGUGCAGGCCCCGACCC